AUGGCGGUCACGACGUUUCAAAUGCUUCAAUCGCACAGAGAACUGCAUGAUUUUCGAUUGUGGCGCGGCCUAUUUAUUUGCUACUCAAACGGAGAUCUGAACGAGCACUCUUUCGAAACGCAGUUCAUUUUAAACCACACUAAGCCUUACGGCUGGUAUUUUUUUAGUUUACUGGUUCACUAUUUUUGUUACUCUAUUACACCUAACAAGUUAGAAUCGGAAUUUACCCUCGUCUCCUGUUGUUUCAUGUUCAUGACGCUGUUGGGGUUCAUGCCGAAACGUCGCUCAAAGAUUGUAUUCGAUCCGAUAGUGCUUUUAAGUUUCGCCGUAAAUAUAUUGGCACGUUAUCCUUAUGACACGGAUCCGAUAGUUUCCAAAGGAUGGCGAUAUCUCGAAUUAAAAGUACCGUCGUUUCCAAGUUACGUCGUCGGCAACGGCAUAGAAUUCUGCAUUAGUUUCCAACUCGCGCUCUAUACUCUGAUUCCCGUGAUUCUGAUACGAAUGGCGAUGAAAAAUAAAUGGAGAGGCAGUUACCAAGUACUUCUUCCUCAUUUGGUUACUUUGAGUUGGCUGCAAUACUUCGCCCUUUGCUCACACAAUGCAACAAGGUACGGGUUGUAUAGGGCUACCUUAGCGUUAGUGGGGUCGGUACUGUUUCUACCAUUGGUCGGGUUAAUGAGCGUGAUAUUGCCCGUCGCUGCUUUAACCAAGUGGAUAGUUACAUCUAACCUUAUUUUUACGGUUAGUAUCUUCCUCUUCUUCUUUGUAAUAUGUCUGGCCGUGUGCUACGCAUGCGCUCGUACAAAGUACGCCCAGUACACCGCCGUUCUCCAGAUAAUUCUAAUGUUGGUUGCGUUCGUCGCUUUGCUCAAAAGUUCCCGUCAAAAUCAAAAUAUGUCGCCCGAUUACGGUUUAAAAGUCGAACCCAAACCAUUGGAGUGGGAAAAUUUCCAACGGUACUGCCAUCAAAAAGUAUGGGAACAAAAGGAAACCAGCGCAAACGCUCAGACGAGAUGCGCGCAGUUGGAAAACGUAAAUGUGCUCUGGGAAGGUACAGUGAUCGAUGUAAAACUACUCUCGAUUACUAACGCUUAUAAAAAUCUGUUCGAAAAUUUCCCGAAGUUAGUUGCCGAUCAGCUACGUUGCAUGUACGGAGAGCAAAUUUGCGCUUUCACCGACUCUUUUGACUCGGACUGCGCCAUAUUGCACGAGUCCAUCGCUGGCAAAUGUUCUUUAGGAGAUUACGAUCUGUAUACUUACGUGGCGAAAAUUAGAAUGUCCACCCUUUUUUGGGGCACCAACGCGGAGGUUAACUUGGUAUUGAACAAUGAUUUUAAAAAUUUUACGUUGCGGUUGGUACCCAACGAUCAGAUCUGGUUCAAAGGGGUCGGAUUGUUCAAGAAAUGGUGGCACGAGAAGCCCGAACUUUUGGCGAGCUGUGCGAUAGGACUAUUCGGUUUUGGAUUCGGUGCUGUUACGGUGAAUAAUUAUUAUAAGAACGAUGGGGACAAUCGUAAAUACAAGGAGCGAUACACUGUAUACCGUCACGAUGAUCCACGGGUGGCGAAAAUUCGAACCGAUUAG